CAAUUGACAAGUGCUGGCAAUCUCGAUUCUGAAUCGGGGUCCGACAAGUCUUUGCUUUCCAAACAGUGUUGAACUUGAAGUCACUACCUCAAUCAGCGGAAACUGUCUCUGUGUGGGGUCGGGUAGGACGAAAUUCUUCCCAAUAAAAAUUUCAGCCUACGACAGGAUGAAAAUAGUCCAUUUGGCUAUUUUUUUAUCGGAACAGCCGUGAAGCCUGUGCAUUGGAUAUUUUGGCCGACACUGUAUCCUUCCGUCACCCAGUCAUCAACAAUCUGAGAUCGCGUCUGGCGCAGCAACCAAUAAGUACUUGGGGCCGUUGUAAUAAUGAAGGUAACGUAUCGACCACACGUAUCGACCAAGUCGUUACCAGUCUUCCAUCUAAACUGUGUACUUAAACCCACGAACCUUUCCUCGUCAAUUCUACGUCUUCAACGACAUGCACCUACUUUAGAUAUCAGGGAGGGCUCCGCCGCGACUCAAUUGGCUACCAGGAACCUAUGCUAAUAGCUGUGGUGUAGGUCUUGUAAACCAUGAGCAGUGCAGGUUCAUGUUCAGUCUUUAGUCAAUCAUUAUGUGAGUGUCCGAACUGCGCAUCCACACGGUCCGAUGGGCACUGUCUCUACAAUCUCCAAUCAGACUAACCGAUGACGGUUUCACGGUAAAACCUCGAUUACACGAUAUCUGUGCUAUCCUCGUCGAGCUCUCAAAUCGACUCCUCAUAUCGCUUAUUGCAAUUCCGUGAGAUACUGUCACGACUUGGUCACAACCGCUACAAUUACGCCUCGACCUCGGAUAUCUGUGUCGACAUUUACUAGGACCGGUUUUUACUUAGCCCGCAGCAUUUAUAUACCAGCAUGUCCGCCCUUUCUUUCCGAUGAGCUCCCUCCUCCUGUCCGAAAGGCACCCAAUAAUCCGAUAUUCUUCAAUGCAGCCUUCCCCCACCAACAUCGACAACGCCGAGAAGGGAGUUCACUCUCUUGAACACCCUCUUCAGCCGACGGGACCAUCUGUAUCCAUCACGCCUGCCAAUCCCGUUCUUAUCAAGUCAGAUUCCCACAGAAUCAUCGACCCCGCCUUGGGCACCAGAGCACCAACGUCUAGGAUUACUAUCCUUCCCAUCAAGCCCUCUAAAUCGUCCCGUUCGAAGCGAAAGGCCAGUCGCUGGCUCUCUUUUAGACUUUGGUUCAACACUUACCGUAAAUUCUAUACUCUCGUAGUAUUGCUUAACAUUGUCGGCCUUGUUCUUGCUGCUCUCGGGAGGUGGCACUAUGCACGCCAGUACAUCGGCGCUUUUGUACUGGGAAAUCUCCUUACUGCCAUCCUUGUUCGCAAUGAGCUGUUCGGAAGGCUGCUGUAUCUCAUUGUCAACACCCUCUUUGCAAAGUGGCCUCCCCUUUGGUUUCGGCUGGGAUGUACUUCCGUCUUACAACAUCUAGGCGGAAUACAUUCGGGCUGUGCGACAUCAGGAUUUCUCUGGAUCAUUUUCAAGGUGAUCACCAUUUUCAUUGACCACAGAAACAACAGCAGCGCCGUUCUGGUGAUGAGCGUAUUCACCAGCCUUGCGAUUGCCGUUUCUAUUAUAUCUGCCUUUCCCUGGGUCCGCAAUACCCAUCACAAUGUGUUCGAACGCCACCACCGUUUUGUCGGAUGGUUGGGAUUAAUGUUCACCUGGGUUUUCGUUGUCCUUGGAGAUAGUUAUGAUCUGAACACCCGAUCGUGGAAUCCUGACGGCUUGAGGGUCUUAAAGCAGCAGGACUUCUGGUUUGCGUUCGGGAUGACUGUCUUCAUCAUUAUCCCGUGGUUAACUGUCCGGGAAGUCAAGGUCGAAGUAGAAAUUCCGUCUCCGAAGGUCGUCAUACUCAAAUUUGAGCGUGGAAUGCAACAGGGCCUCCUCGCCAGAAUCUCGCGGAGUAGUAUCAUGGAAUACCAUGCCUUCGGAAUAAUCUCUGAGGGUGUCAGCUCCGAAGAUCAUUACCUGAUAUGUGGUGUCCAAGGAGAUUUUACGAAGGGACUCGUCGACAAUCCCCCGACUCAUAUAUGGACUCGUCAACUGAAGUUUGCUGGCGUAUCGAACACAUCCGUUAUUUACAAACGAGGAAUUCGCGUUUGUACAGGGACAGGUUUGGGCGCAGCACUAUCAACGUGUCUACAGAGCCCCGAUUGGUAUCUAAUUUGGAUAGGUUCGGACCAAGAGAAGACAUUCGGGCCAACAAUUUCGGCCCUUAUACACGACAAGUUGCAAGGACGUGUGACUCUAUGGGACUCUAGAAAGAGAGGUGGACGACCCGACACAAUGAGGCUGAUUGAAGAGACAUAUGUGUCGUGGAAUGCGGAAGUGGUAUUUAUAACUUCAAACUGGGCGGGGAACCGGGAGAUGAUGGAAGGGUGUAAGAAAGCAGACAUCCCAGCUUUUGGAACCUUGUGGGACUUCUAAGUUCAACGCUAUGAUUGAGGUCGUCAGUUUAUUGGGCAGGGGUUGUGUAUUUUUUAUCGCAAUUUGCAUAAACAUUUGUAGCACUCCUUGGCAUAAUUU